GGCGGGCGCAGGAAGGAGAAGGGAGGGAGGGAGAGCGAGCGAAGGCUUAAGGAGAGGAGGCGGCAGCGGCGCGGAGACCUGGCCGGCGCCAUGGAGAAGGUGAACGAAUUGAAGGAGAAGGGUAACAAGGCCCUGAGCUCCGGAAACACAGCCGAAGCGGUCAAGCAUUACUCCGAAGCAAUCAAAUUGGAUUCUGCCAACCACGUGCUCUUCAGCAACCGGUCUGCUGCCUACGCCAAGAAAGGCGAAUAUCAGAAAGCCCUGGAAGAUGCUUGUAAGACCAUUGAGCUGAAGCCGGAGUGGGGAAAGGGCUACUCCCGGAAGGCAGCUGCCUUGGAAUUCCUGAACCGCUUCGAGGAGGCCAAGAAGACCUAUGCAGAAGGGCUGAAACACGAGCCUGGCAAUGCACAGCUGAAGGAAGGGCUGCAGAACAUGGAGUCCAGGCUGGCAGAAAGGAAUCUCAUGAACCCUUUCAACAUGCCUAACCUGUACCAGAAGCUGGAGAGCGAUCCCCGCACCAGAGGCUUGCUGAGCGAUCCGAGUUACAGAGAGUUGAUCGAACAGCUCCGUAACAAGCCUUCGGAGCUGGGGACGAAACUGAAGGACCCGCGGGUGAUGACAACCUUAGGAGUGCUGCUUGGGGUCGACUUAGCCGGUGCCGAUGACGACGAUGAGGCGAUGUCUCCACCCCCUCCUCCUCCCCCCAAAAAGGAGCCCAAGCCGGAGCCCAUGGAAGAAGACCUGCCAGAGAACAAGAAGCAGGCUGUUAAGGAGAAAGAGCUGGGCAACGAGGCGUACAAGAAGAAAGACUUUGAGACGGCCCUGAAGCAUUAUGACAAGGCGAAGGAGCUGGACCCAUGCAACAUGACUUAUAUCACGAAUCAAGCAGCGGUGCAUUUCGAGAAAGGAGACUACAGCAAGUGCCGAGAGCUGUGCCAGCAAGCCAUCGAAGUGGGGCGUGAGAACCGGGAGGAUUACCAGCAGAUUGCGAAAGCUUAUGCCCGGAUUGGCAACUCUUACUUCAAGGAGGAGAAGUACAAGGAAGCUAUUCAGUUUUACAACAAGUCUCUGGCGGAGCACCGGAUUCCAGAUGUGUUGAAAAAGUGUCAGCAGGCUGAGAAAAUACUGAAAGAACAGGAGAGGGUGGCAUACAUCAAUCCUGAGCUGGCUCUGGAAGAGAAGAACAAAGGCAACGAGUAUUUCCAGAAAGGAGACUAUCCGCAAGCGAUGAAGCACUACACAGAAGCCAUCAAGCGCAACCCCAACGACGCCAAACUCUACAGCAACCGGGCUGCCUGUUACACCAAAUUGCUGGAAUUCCAGUUAGCGCUAAAGGACUGUGAAGAAUGUAUCCAUCUAGAACCUUCCUUCAUCAAGGGCUACACACGCAAGGCAGCGGCCCUGGAAGCGAUGAAGGACUAUACCAAAGCCAUGGAUGUCUAUCAGAAAGCCCUUGAGCUGGACUCCAACUGCAAGGAAGCCGCGGAGGGCUACCAGCGCUGCCUCAUGUCCCAGUACAAUCGCAACGACAACCCAGAGGACGUGAAGCGCCGUGCCAUGGCUGACCCUGAGGUGCAGCAGAUUAUGAGUGACCCGGCCAUGAGGCUGAUCCUCGAACAGAUGCAGAAAGAUCCGCAAGCACUAAGCGAACACUUGAAGAAUCCCGUCAUCGCUCAGAAAAUCCAGAAGCUCAUGGAUGUCGGCUUGAUCGCCAUUCGGUGAUGAUUUUGACCCCGCGCCCUCCCUCCUCCCCCUGUUGAAAAGGGCAGCUGGGACUUCUGGAUGCUGGCAGUGCAGCCCAGGGGCGCGUUUCUCCCCCACACUCUGUCGGAGGCAGAGACUUGUACAGUUCAGUGGUGUGUGUCGGCCUCUUGCACACGCAUGUGUGCUCGCACCAAGCCGGCCUGCCAGCACAGGGGCCGGUUUCUCGAUCGUCGUGGCCCCAUCGCUCUGUCAGCAGUUAAUUCCAUUUGUGAGCUGCCCUUCUCUUCUCCCCCCCUUCUUCUUCUUGCAGUUUUUAAUUCCCUUUGCCAGCGGUUGUGGCGUGAGGAACGCUGCGCUCAUCACUUGUUUGUUUGGUUUCUCUUGGCUGUGAGGCUGCAUUUUUUUUUUUUGUCUGCUGCACACCCAAUAAAAGAGCAAACUUAA